AGAAAACAGGAGAAACAUAACGAGGGACGAAAAAAUGACACCGCGUAAGUUCGUUGUAAUCCCUAGCUGAGGUCGUACUUCAAGAGCACGAAAAUCUGCUGGGUGCAAAGCUCAACUUUUCCGGACUGUUGUCUUUCCCCGAUUCGCCCUUUUGUUGCACCUCGUUUUUCUAUUUCUAGCUUGUUCUGCAGUAUAAAUACUGUGGCGUGUAACAUUUACCUUCAGCAGCCAGUGAUCUGAAAGACAAUUUUUGAUUGGGUAAAGGCCAGCUUCUAUUUUAACUUGUUUCGCCUUAUCAAGUGCGCCCCUCCGCCUUUGCUGCUGAGACACAGAGUGUCAUACCGACCAAACAUGAAAGUCGGAAGGCUCCUGUAGGCGUCCGUGGUCACCCUCUGCCUAAUCGGGCCGUUAAAGCAUUCAUUCAGGGCAAGACGGCGUUCCACAGCAUGCCAAGAUCAAUGACUGUUUCCUUCCAGUGGAGAGCUUGGCACCAGAACACUGCAAGCCACCCUGAGCAUUACGAAGUUUCAAUGCACUUCCUGAACCCCUUCCCUCAUCGGGUUCUUCACACAAUGUGGCUUUUUAUUUUUUCAGUGAUUCCCGCAAAUCUUUCGUUUCCCUGCCGUUUGUACAUCGAACUUUACCAUACUGUAACUGGUAGUAUAACUGAGAAAAUUACAGCUUGUUAACGAAGAAAGCCAAUCCACCGUUUCUUAGAUUAGCGAAAAGACUUCCGAUCGUGAACAAAGUGUUUAAAUUUCAUCUUACGUAAUCUGUGUGAUCUUACGUUUACUGCAGAUGGAAACAAGCUGCCCCCCAUGCUAUCAAAUAGCUUUCUAACUUAAUAUUAACGUUUAAGAAUGAAAAUAUACUACGCAAUUCCGGCAUCUGUAGAUUACAUAUCAAACCGAUGCUUUUAUUUUUUCUUUCACAAACACUGGGGUUGCAUCUAUCGCUAUAUGUUCUCAAAAAAAAAAGAACGAAAGAAAACUCAACAAUGCAGCAACAUACUUCUUUCUUAAAAUUUUUCUCCAAUCUAACAUCAUCUAAUCUAUUCGAGUUAGUCAAGAAGCAAAUAAAACAUGUUUAUUUAAACGUUUUCAACUUGACGUCAUAUCUUAAAUGUAUUUAGAUAUACAUUAUACUUCUCCGUGCAUGCACUUACCGUUCACAUUCUUCCCUCGGCGAGCAUCAUAUAUAUAUAUAUAUACAUCCCCUUCGGCUUCCUGCACGGACAGCUAAAAGCUACAGGCGACGAUGUCAUGCGCGUGUCAUCAGCUACCUCGCGAACUAGAACAAGCUUUUCGUCAUUUAGAUUCCAACAUUGCGUUGGAUGUGCAAGUGUGUCUGUGUGUUUUUUUCCGCACGGUAUUCUUUGGUGCAGAGAGCAAGUGGGGCAACUAUACCUCCUCUCGCACCACAGUCAAAACUGAAGUGAAGUGGCCCGUCAGAACUUCUACAGUGGUGACUGAAGAAACAGGGACAAAUCCUGAUAAGAGAGCGCGGUGAAUAUAAUUUCUUAGAAGACAGGAGGGCAGUGUUCUUUCAGAUAAUUUGCGACGUGUCUCAACAGUACAGGGGAACGACCUUCAAAGCCUACCUCGGGAUGACACCGGUUGUGAUAUUGCACACUCCAGACGCAGCGCAGACCCUUUUGACGAGCAAGACAAACCUACGUAAACCUGUGGUAUACAACUUUCUUGCAUCGUGGCUGGGCCAUCACAAUAUCCUCACUGCCGUCGGUGACAGCUGGCGGUUCAAGCGGCGCUUGAUGACGCCAGCGUUCCAUUUCAAAGUCCUCGAUGACUACAUAAGCUCCUUCAACUACAACGGUAAGCUGCUCGUGGAGCGGGUGGACAGGCUGACCGCAAAGCACCCGGGCGAGCCUAUACCCGCAUUCCGCCUUUCUCAGAACUGCGCCCUGGAUGUCACCACAAAAGUCCUGAUGGGAGUCGACUUGGAUUCGCAAUUGGAGACAACAGAACCGACAUUCGCCAACCAUUUUAACAUGUUGAUGUUCUUGAUCGGCGUGCGCAUCUUUCGUCCCUGGAUGUGGCCCGACGCCCUGUACGACAGGACACACGAGGGUCGACUCUACCAUAAAUCCAUUCGGGAGAUGGAAAAAUACACACUAGAAGUGCUGGAACGGCGCAAGGGCAAGCUGCAACAGAUCGCCGAUGAGUUGGAAAGCGUGCCGGGUGACUAUGGCGGGGAAGGAGAUGACGAAGCGCAGGACUCAGUCAUUGUGGACCGGUUUCUGAAGGCUCACCUGCAAGACAGUCGGUACAGCAUCGACGAGGUCAAGAAGGACAUCGACUCCUUGCUGUUCGCGGGCACCGAUACUACUACAUCGGCAGUUGGAUGGGCUUUCUACAUGUUAGGGUUGCACCCUAAGGUGUUGGCAAAGGUCCAUCAGGAGCUUGAUGAUAUAUUUGGCAGCGACACCGAGAGAGACAUCACAGGGGAGGACCUCAAGAGGAUGAAAUACCUGGACAUCUGCUUCAAGGAAUCACUGCGGCUGUUUCCGGCUGCUCCACUCAUCGGAAGAGUCUUGGACGAAGACUUAGUAGUAGACGGAUACAGGAUCCCUAAGGGGGUCACGUGCUUCGUCAACAUAUACAGUCUGCAUCGCAAUCCUGAGUGCUUCAAGGACCCGGACCUGUACAUUCCGGAGCGUUUCCUGACGUCAGAAGUCAGAAAUCGCCAUCCAUUCAGCUACAUCCCGUUCUCUGGGGGCCCCAAAAACUGCCUAGGCCAACGUUUCGCGAUAUUGGAGGCCAAGACGCUUUUGGCGAAGGUUCUGCUCAAGUACACGCUCGAGUCCACGAGGCCCGUAAGUGAGCUGAGGAUCACGUAUGAAGUGAUUCUCAAGGCCAGAGGAGGACUGCGCAUCUGGUUCCGAAAUCGGACUCACGUUGACCGCGCGGCCAAACUUGCUGGUUUCGAAGAGACAGAAACAAACUAUGGAUUAUGAGUGGCGCUGUUACAGUGACGGUGCUCACAUGUAUAUAUUUGAAGUUUACCUGUCAAUGUUGCCGGGAAAUAUAUGUGAUGUGCGUUCUAUUAUGUGCGACUUGUGUUUAUGCGACUUGUGUUUAUGCGACGUGUGUUUAUGCGACGUGUGUUUAUGCGACGUAUGUUUUGCUAGGGCAGUGGCCUUACUUCAUCCUAAAGGACUCGAGAAGAAAAGCCUUCGGGAUGAAGUUCAGUGGCAAGAAGCACGUCUUAGUGCUACCUAUGCCUGCGCGCCCUAUAUUUCAAGAAUGCAUGGAAUGCGUUGUGCCUAUUUUUAUAUUGCGACAAAUGCGGAAAGCAUUUGUAAAGUAAGCCCUGUGAUAAAAUAAAAUGUUUCAUGAG